AAUUAUAAAUGCCUUUAGAUCCAAGUCAGUCUAAAAACUGAUAAACUCGGCUUGCAAAGCAACAUCUCUCUAAGAUAAUCUGAGAGACCAAGACCAAAUCUUUCUUUAUUCAUUGCUCAAUCAAUUUUGGGUUUUGGGUUUUUAUAUUAAGUUUUAACAAUGGCGAAAGGAAGGUACAGUCGGUUACAUGGGAAGAAAUGGUCGACGAUUACGCUUGUGUUGUUCAUGCUUUUCGUGCUCUCUCUUGUUCUUCUAAUGCUUUUGGCUCUUGGGAUCGUCUCGCUCCCAAUCAGUAGCGAUGAUUCUCCACCGAAUGAUCUCAGCUCGUUUAGACGCAGGAUUGUUACGAGGAGUGAAGGAUUGGGAGAGAGGAAGGAGCAGUGGACUGAAAUUCUUUCAUGGGAGCCCAGGGCUUUCAUUUAUCACAAUUUCUUGUCUAAGGAAGAAUGUGAGUACAUGAUAAGUCUUGCUAAACCUCAUAUGAAAAAGUCGACUGUUGUUGAUAGCAAAACUGGUCGAAGCAAAGAUAGCAGGGUUCGUACAAGUUCUGGAAUGUUUCUGAGGAGAGGGCAGGAUAAAAUUGUUAGGGAUAUAGAGAAAAGAAUAGCAGACUUCACAUUCAUACCUGUUGAACAUGGAGAGGGACUUCAAGUUCUCCACUAUGAAGCAGGGCAGAAAUACGACGCUCACUUCGAUUAUUUCCUUGAUGAGUUCAAUACUAAGAAUGGGGGGCAACGGAUUGCUACUCUUCUCAUGUAUCUGUCAGAUGUUGAAGAAGGAGGCGAGACGGUGUUUCCUGCAGCAAACCAAAAUUUUAGUUCUGUGCCAUGGUGGAAUGAGUUAUCUGAAUGUGGCAAACAGGGUCUCUCUGUCAAACCAAAAAUGGGUGAUGCAUUGCUGUUUUGGAGCAUGAGGCCUGAUGCCACACUUGAUCCUUCAAGUUUGCACGGUGGUUGCCCUGUGAUUAAAGGGGACAAGUGGUCAUCUACAAAGUGGAUGCAUGUUGAGGAGUACAAGAUUUAAGCCAUUUUUUUAUAGAAGACCAGGAUGAGUAUGUUGUGCCAAUAGUGUACGGUAGUAAUUUCAAACACAAUGUGGAGUCCCUUUCAACUCAGAUGCCUUGCUCAAGCCUUCACUUUGAUGUACCAUUCUAAUCAAGAUAUAUUUUUGGCCGUUGCUCCUUCUGAAGAACAAAAUAGGCUUUCUCUGCUACAGAGAGUGUAUACUUUGAGUUGCAAAUUUAUUAGGAGAUAGGUAGUUGGGUUGCAAAUGAUAUGUCGAUAGCAAACUUGUAAACUAACAGAAUAAUCAAUAGAAUGCAUCUGCAAUCCUUUUUGUUA